GAGUCCCUGUUCCACACUGCUGGGGCUGAAAGACAAGGAGCCCAGUUCAUAUCCCCACCCCUUAAAGAUGGAACCAGGAAGAUUUCUCAUUUUCAUGUUUGCUGCAGGGACAGUUCACUCUGCCAAGGAAUCCCUGGAGAUUAUUCCUAGCAAUGGGGAUGUGCAGUUGGGCAAGCCAAAGUAUUUCUUGUGCAAAGUGAGAGCUGGUGGAGACGCUGCCUUGACCUGGAAUGACCCAGAGGAUGUUGAAAUUGAGGAUUCAGAACUGUACAAAGUGAAGGCAAUCGAUGAACAGUCUAAGGGGAUGGAGAUAACUCUUUCGGAUAAAGAGAAGGGAGGGAUCUUCACAUGCAAGGGGGAUUUUGACUCUGGAGAGACUGCAACUGCCCAAAUCAGAAUCCGUGUGGUCCAGAGUCCCACAUUUGUGACCAGAUUGGACCCUACAAAGGAAGUUGUCGAAUGCACGAGGGCCAACUUCAACUGCCAAGCCACAGAGAUCCCACAGGGAUCCUAUUCAGUCUCUCCAAGGAUAGAGCUCCCCACAGGUGAAUCGUUUCCCAUCCAGAUUGGGAAUCCCACCCAGUACAACUUCACCAUCCUGGCCAGCCCUUCCCCUUCUGUCUCUAUCGCUUGGAAGGGGAAGGUUUUUGAAGGUGAUGACAUCAAGAAGCUGGCGCAGGACCGUGACAGAUAUACGUACUCCUUUGCGUUCACACCAACAUCCCAAAAAGAUAUUUCAGAACUGCUAAUAACAGCUACCAAUGAUCUGGGCACUACAGAGAAGAAAGUUACUCUCCAAGGAGACAAAGGUAUGGGAAUUGGCAGCAUCUUGGCUAUUGUAUUGGUAAUCCUCUUGGCCCUUUUGCUGGUGAUGGAUGUCUUUUGCUAUUACAAGCGCCAGCGAGGCUUGCUGAUGUAUUGCAGAAGGAAUAUCCUGGGCAAAAAUUCAUCUGGAGCAGCCACAGAAAACAAUGGGAAAAUGCUCUCCAAGUCGGGGAAAAGCACUGUGGUGAAUGUCUCCGGCAUUGAGGCCUGAUGAGUCUAUCCCAAUGACCUUCGAUUGUGGAGGGCAAGGAGAUGGAACUAUGCAUCCAAGUUUGGAUUAGCUCUGUAUAUAAAAAGAAAAAAGUACAGAGGUUACUUUGGGCUGAGGAAACAGUGCUGCUCUCUCUCUCUAAAACUCGGCUAUUUCUGGCCUUAACUCUCCGUUUCAUUACAUCACAUCUCAAGCAUACAGAACAGCUAAGAAUCCUUCUGACACAGUCUUCCUAACCUGAAGCCCUUUAGGUGUUGUUGGACGCCAGCUUCCAUCACCCAAAGCCAUUGUGGCCAAUAGUGAGGCAUGAUGGCUUCUGCAGUCCAGCAACAUCUGGAGGGCACUAGGUUGGGGAAAGGUGCCCCAGUGCAGGGAUGGGGAAACUUUGACCCUCCCACCAUCCUUGACCACUGGCCAUUCUGAUGGGGGCUGCUGGGAACGGGAGUCUAGCAACAUUGGAAGGGACACAUAUUCCUUACCCCUGCCCUCAUAGUUUCUCUCUACUAGGAGCAGACUGGCGGUCGCUUCCCCCAUUCACACCUCUUAAGUCUACUUGCCUGGGUUGUUGGGAAAGUGCUAAUAGCUCAUUUCCACGAGUUUACCUGCCUAUGUGCUAUGACAGCACUGCAAAAGCUCAUCAGGAGCACUAUGACUGCAUCUGAUUGGCCAGAUUCUCUCCCACCUGGCAACCCCCUUUCCUUGAAUAUGCAGAGAUGAGAUCUAUUCUCAUCCCUUUGCCAUCUCCAAACUCAUGGGUGAUCUUUGCUUUGAGCAAGAAAGUGCUUGGGUCUCUCCUUAGAAUUGCCUGGUGUAGGUAAUAUGGAGGGUAAUCUUUUAUUCCUUUUAUGCUACCUCCUCUCCAUCAUCCCUUAUCCUUAAUCUUAAUAAAGCUUCAAA